AUGAGGACAUCUACCGCAGAUAAAGAAAAGGAUGUUACUGAAAUAAAGGACCAGGACCAAAAUCUGCAAGACAUCCGAGAGAAAAUCAUGUCAACAAUGCCUUCCUCUGACCAAGCUGAGGCGACCACAGAAGAAGAGAUGCUGGCUAAUGUCUCGACCGUCACUCCUACGCCUGAGCCUCUUCCCACGCCACUGCCGGUUCUAAUUAGCAUGGAUGGUGCAGAAGAAAUUUUGAAAAGCCCAGAUGUAGAGAAACCAGUAGGCCAGAAAAAGUCAUCUGUUCCAAAGAAAGGAGUGGCAUAUGAACCUUCUUCUGUUGUUCCAAAAAAGAGUGCGGAUCCAGAGAGCGUGAAGCCAUCUGUAGUUCCCAAAAAAGGUGUUGAUUUAGAAGACUUGAAACCAUCUGUAGUUCCAAAGAAAGGUGCUGAUUCAGAAAGCUCAAAACCAUCUGUAGUUCCAAAGAAAGGUGUUGAUUCAGAAAACUUGAAACCAUCUGUAGUUCCAAAGAAAGGUGUUGAUUUAGAAAACUUAAAACCAUCAGUAGUUCCAAAGAAAGGUGUUGAUUUAGAAAACUUAAAACCAUCAGUAGUUCCAAAGAAAGGUGUUGAUUCAGAAAACUUGAAACCAUCUGUAGUUCCAAAGAAAGGUGUUGAUUCAGAAAACUUGAAACCAUCUGUAGUUCCAAAGAAAGGUGUUGAUUCAGAAAACUUGAAACCAUCUGUAGUUCCAAAGAAAGGUGUUGAUUCAGAAAACUUAAAACCUUCUGUUGUUCCUAAGAAAGGUGUUGAUUCAGAAAAUUCAAAAUCAUCUGUAGUUCCAAAGAAAGGUGUUGACACUGGACUGGUUAAGCCCAUAGUUUCCGAGGCGAAUAUGCAAAUCGUAACCCAGAAAGACCCAACAGUUGUGAAAGAGAGCACAGUAUCAGAUAGUAGUUCAGUAGUACCUAAAAAGUCAAUGUCUAAUCCGUCGUCAUCAGUCAAUGCCUUACCAUCUAGUCUGAAGGAGAAACCUAUGCCAAGCCUGAUUAGCCCCACCAAACCUUUGAAAGGAUCUCCAACCCCAAGCCCCGUACAACCCACUGUACAUUUGGCUAGCCAGAAUGAGUCUUCGAACAGCACAAAGUCAGAGAGCAUCCCACCUUCAACUGACUCCAGUGAAAGCCACUCAAAGCCAACUGCAGCCAUAGACAACCUUGAUGCAGAUGAGAAGGAUUCAGAGGGCAGUGGUGCAUACACACCAGCUGCUGUGGGGAUCAUAUUGCUCUUAUGCAUUGUCAUCACUGUUAUGAUUUUAGGUAUCCGAAGACUGCAAGAUGUGUGGAUGAGAAGACACUAUGCUCGGGUGGAUUUCCUUAUUGAUGGAAUGUAUGACAUGUAGACGAAUUGAGUCUUGAUUGUUGAAUUUUAUGGUCACAAAAAGUGAUGUGAUACAUAUUUUUAUACAUUUUUUUAGUUUUACAUCAAUUUCAAGUAAGAUUACAUUUUGUACACGUAUUUCAAAUGUUGCAUUUCUGCUUUACAUUUAAAGAUUUAGGGAUACCGAUGAUACUAUUGAAGCUUAAUUUAUUUUACUUGUUCUUAAAUGGUGCUUAGUCAUAGUAUUGAUAAGUGAACAUAUUUUUUAAAAGGUGGAAAAAGGUAAAAACUCAGGUUUUUAAAGUCUUAGUAGAGUGUAGCAUACAAUUAGAAACUGCAUAUUUGGAAAUAGAGAGUAUGAUAUAAAUAAUUUAUUCUUUUAAUGUGUUAUUUUGGUGCAUUAGAGUAUUUUUCAUAUACAGAUCUCCAGAUUGCAGUAUAGCAAUAUAGUCACUCAUAGUGAAUAACUAAACUUUGAAGUAAUUUUAUUUAUAUGCUGUAAUGUAUUAUGGAAAUUUUAAAAAUAAAAUGUGUUUGCUUAUGACUGACAGAUUGUUGUCAUUGUGAUGCUAUUGUUCAAGUAUCAUUAAACAUUUUUGAAGAAAAAAAUUUGAGAUAGUAAAUUAAUAUGAAGAGCAGAUUUUACACCAUUUUGAAGAUUUAUAGAAAUUUCUGUAAAAUUUAUGUAAAAUUCUUAUAGAAAAGAAAAGGAAGUUUAAAAAUAGACAACAGGUUUACUAAGAUUAGUUCCGACAUAUAAUUCUAAUGGCCAUCUCUCUUCUUAAGUAUUAGUGCAGCUUUUUCCAUUCAACCUGUGUUACAGUAAUGUUACUGUAUUACUUUAUAGUUAUGUUAUCAGUCACCAUUUAAAGUGAGUCAGGUGCUUGUAUUCAAGUACAGUUCACAGUAAGAGAAUCUGGUUUCCAUUUCAUUUAUGGUAAGUGUGCAAGAUAGUGCUGACGAUGUUAUGUAUAUUAUCUGUGCUAAUUUUCAAAAAUAUAGAAACAGUUUCGAGGUUUCUGUUAACUACGAGCUAAAUUGUCAUACAUAACCAUAAUAGAUUUUUCAAUACUUUA